AUGAGCUGCAAGAAGCAGGUACAGGACGAGCUCGACCUCACCAAGAGCCUCGAAUACGACCGUCAGGUCUUCAAGGAGCCAGCGGGGUCUGCAGCGUUCUCGUGCAACCCUCGCUACACCAACGGCCACUCUCCCGUUUCUUCCGGCAGGCACCACGACGACUCUUUCGACGCGCCGUUUGGCUCUCAGGAUCCAGAUGUGUGGAGGCCAGCACCGUCCAGGGAUCUCACUUCCCCCACCAAUAAUCGCCGUGCGUCUGCUGUCGGUCGCGUAGGCGGGAGAGCAGGCGGCGGUUUCGACAGCGGCAGCAGGCAGAGCAGCCGAUUAACCUCUCCCGGGUCGUUUGGCCGAUCGCCUGGUAUGCAGGGAGGUGGCGGUGCGAGUAAAGGGACGCCUGGCGGGGUAGCUGGUGUGCGAUCACGCAUAGGGGGCGCAGGGUCGCGUAAUAGCAUAGGUUCGGAUUCGCAAGCAUCGAAGCGAGCAGGGGUGGAGAGGGCGGAGCGAGGGGCCGACGCGCGGAACAGGCGAGUGUCCGUGGGAGCUGUAAUCAACAGCGCUGUUGGCAAGCCCAGGGAACCCAAAGGCCCGCCGAGUGACCCACCGUCGGAGGAGGAGGGCAAGGAGGUGGUACCGCGCAAGCCACGGUUUGAGGGGUCGGACCCCGAGCUGGUGGCCAUGCUGGAGAGGGACGUGCUGGAGUCGUCGCCUGGCGUGCGCUGGGGGGACAUUGCCGGCCUGGCUGACGCCAAGCGACUGCUGGAGGAGGCUGUUGUGCUGCCGCUGCUCAUGCCCGACUACUUCCAGGGCAUUCGGAGGCCGUGGAAGGGAGUGCUGAUGUUUGGCCCGCCAGGCACGGGCAAGACGCUGCUGGCCAAGGCGGUGGCGACAGAGUGUGGCACCACGUUCUUUAACGUCUCCUCCGCCACGCUCGCGUCCAAGUGGAGGGGCGAGAGCGAGCGCAUGGUGCGCUGCCUCUUUGAGAUGGCUCGUGCUUACGCCCCCUCCACGGUGUUUAUUGAUGAGAUCGAUUCCCUCUGCACGUCACGAGGUGCGGCGGGCGAGCAUGAGUCAUCUCGGCGGGUGAAGUCAGAGCUGCUGGUGCAGAUUGACGGCAUGAACAAUGCCGCAUCACCGGAUGGCGAGCGCAAGAUUGUCAUGGUGCUCGCCGCCACCAACUUCCCGUGGGACCUCGAUGAGGCGCUGCGACGUCGACUGGAGAAGCGAAUAUACAUCCCUCUGCCACCACAUGACAGUCGAGCUGCCCUCAUGAACAUCAAUCUGCGCUCCCUUGAGUUGGCUUCGGAUGUGGACGUUGAUGAGCUGGCAAAGCGUACGGAUGGCUACAGUGGUGAUGACAUCACCAACAUCUGCAGGGAUGCAUCGAUGAAUGGAAUGAGGCGGAAGAUUGCAGGCAAGACACCAGAGGAGAUUCGUAGCAUGACUCGGGAGGACAUGAAUGAGCCGGUGACCAUGGCUGACUUCGAGGUCGCGCUCAGGAAAAUCCAACCUAGUGUCGCCUCUGGAGACAUCGAGCGGCAUGAGCGUUGGCAUGCAGAGUUUGGCUCCUACUAA